AUGAAAGGCUUAGAAAUGGUGGUGACAUCUUUCUCUUCAACGCCGUCUAUCUUCUUCUUCUCCUCCUCCCGUGGAGCUGAUCCUAAGCUUUCUUCUUCCAAUCUACAUGGACGCUUCACCAUCCCUUUGGCUCCCUCUUCGUUCGAAAACGGACUAAGAAGACACCAAGAGGCAAAGUUGGUGGGAACAAGGGGCAGAGGUGGAGCAGUUCGAGUCCUAGCAAACCCAAAUGCAUCAUCUCCUCCUCCAGGGAAAGUAAAAGCAAAAAAGGAAGUAAUCAUGGUAGACCCUCUUGAGGCCAAGCGGUUAGCUGGGAAGCAAAUGGAAGAGAUUAAAGGCAGAGAGAGGCAACAGAGAAGGCGUGAAAUAGAAGCUAUAAACGGAGCUUGGGCAAUCAUAGGACUCAUGAUAGGGCUAGUGAUCGAAGCUCAAACAGGAAAGGGUAUCCUAGCUCAGUUGGCUGGUUAUUGGUCUGCAGUUCUGCAUCUAUUCACUUCAUCAACACAGAACCUCCUACAGUAA